UGACUCGCCGGAACGGAGGCUCAGAUUAGCGUUUCCUCACGGAUUUGUUAUUUAGUGUUCCAGUAUGGCGCUGCUCAGCGACACGAGAGUGUUAUGGAAGAAUAUCAGGUGUUUUACUGCACUCGUUCCCCGACGAUACAGGGUUAAAAAGAAAUGGGCAGCAACUCUCCCUAAAAUCUCCUCUUCAAAGCGAGCGCUACAGAAUUUUGAUGUAAAUUAUAGUACACAGUUUGGAGAGAGUUGGCCUAUAAUUCGAGCUAGCUUGCUCUCUGAGCAGAAGUAUGGAGCCCUCGUUAAUAAUUUUUCUUUGGGAACUACAGACCUACAAGGAGCUAGUGAUUUUAUAUAUGAAGGUGUUAUGAAGACCCUGGAUACAAACAAUAGGGAUAAUCAAGUAUCAAAUGUGCAUCCUACACAGGCAGCUGGAAUGUCUGAAAGUGUGAAUUCAGCAUCAGAAAUGGAAGCAGUUAUGUUAUCCUUUGGCAUAAGUCCCAACAUUAAGUGUUUUACAUUUCCUAAAGGUGACAUUUCUCGAUUUAAGCCUGCCAGGCAAGACAGUUUUGGGAUUCUUGAAUAUUAUUUAUUGGAUGCAGCUUCAGUUCUUCCAGUUUUGGCUCUUGACGUGAGGCCAGGAAAUGUCGUUCUUGAUCUAUGUGCAGCACCUGGUGGAAAGACUCUGGCUCUUCUUCAGACCCAGGCAUGCUGGAAGCUUGCAGUGAAUGAUUCUUCUGUGUCUCGCACCGAUCGGCUCAAAAGAGUGUUGCAAAGCUACUUACCUAGGGAACAUUACAUCAAGGAGAACAUUAGAAUCACCUCAUUUGAUGGUAGGAAGUGGGGUGAUCUGGAAAGCAGAACGUUUGAUAGGGUACUUGUGGAUGUUCCAUGCACAACAGACAGACAUUCACUACUAGAGGAUGAAAAUAAUAUUUUUGCAAAACACAGGGCUAAAGAACGGGAAAUGUUGCCAAUCUUGCAGAUGCAACUUCUGUUGGCAGGAAUCCAGGCAACAAAGCAAGGAGGGGAGGUUGUUUAUUCUACUUGUACUCUUUCACAAUUUCAGAACGAGUGUGUGGUGGAACAAGCAAUUCAGAUAGCAGAAGAGGAGCUUGGACGGAAAAUUCAGAUUGUAGAUUUAUCACUCAUUGCACAACUGUUUAGGAACACUUUUUAUUUUGCUCAAGAUGUCAAACUGGGGGAGCUUGUGGUUCCACAACUCAGUGCAAACUUUGGACCCAUGUAUUUUUGUAAAAUGCGCUGUUUGAAUUAAAUUUGUCAUUAUUUUUGAA